AUGCAAAUCACGUGCCUGGUCGACGAGUACGACACGAAUGGCGACGAUCGCGUCGAGUAUGCGGAAUUUGCCCAAGCAUUCGCCGCUCCUCGAGACUCGGACGCCUCCGACACAAUCGCAGACACGAGUGGCACCGAGACGGACACUUUUCGAAAACGAUUGGUGCGAAGGUGGGGCAAAGUCAAAAAGCUUGCUCGACAAAGAAGGACCGUCACAGGCGACCACGGCGACGCAUCCGACGGCGAUGCUGCGAGGAAGGCCAUGUCAACGAUCAAGCGUUUGUUUAGCCCGACACGAAAGACCCCAAAGAAGAACGCGAGUGCGUCCAGCAGUGACUCCGAGAGCGAAGCCCCGCGAAAACAAAGAUCGAAAAUGCCAGCCAAGGCGACGAGGGAUUCCAGCAACAGUGACAAGGCUGCAAAGACAGCUAAAAAAGCUUCGAAGUCAACCAAGGAGCAAGAAAGCAGUCCAAGUGAAUCGGACACCCCAAAGACAUCGUACGUCAGGCAGCACCUGACCUCUUCAACACUCUGA